AUGCUGAGGACGACGAGGCUAACCCAGGUCUUCCGUCAGACCCCUCUCCAUGAAGUUCUGUCCAGAGCUUCGGUGAGGCGCAACGCCGCUCAGCUACCGAAGCUUCCGGCAAAGACAACACCACGACGCGACUUCGCGACUUCGAACUUACGACUUACGAACAGCCAGCGACUGAUACGGGCAUGGCGGCAGCCAGCGUUCCGCAGUGGCCGCCAGGCGCGAUACAAUAGCACCAAGACGUCGGCAGAAGAAGAACUUGGCAGCAACGCGCCGCAGUCACUUUCGGAGCGCAUGAAGGCCAUGUCCAGGAAGUAUGGUUGGAUAGUUGUAGGCAUAUAUCUGGGCUUGUCUGUGUUGGACUUCCCCUUCUGCUUCCUCGCAGUCAGAUGGUUUGGGACCGAACGCAUAGCAAACCUGGAACAUGCCAUCAUCGAUGGCUUCUGGAGUCAGGUCGAAAAGUUUGCGCCCAGCCUCAAGGAGAAGCGUGAGGCGAAAGAGGCGAUUGCAGCUGCAGAGGAAGCCGCUCGCGAGGGCAGUGAUGCUGUCAUGAAAGAGGCUAAGAAGGAGGGAGAUGCCAGCAUCUGGACUCAGCUGCUUCUCGCCUAUGGCGUACACAAAUCGCUCAUCUUCUUCCGAAUUCCCAUCACGCUCGCCAUCACACCGAAAGUGGUCAAGACGCUCAGGAAGUGGGGAUGGAACAUCGGCAAGCCGAAGCCGAAGUAA